AAUCCGAGCGACAAGCGGCUCCCCGUUUGCGGUCGUUUGCGGUACUUUCGGGCUCCUUGGGCUUGCUCUGUCGUGCCGCUUGUUUUUUCGGUGAGGCAACUUUCAAUUUACCAGCGGGAAAACAUCGCCGGAAGACAAACAUGAGACUAAGCAGAUUUGUGGAAUUCGGCAGGAAGAUUAUAUGCGUUGGAAGAAACUACAAAGAGCAUGCUGAGGAAUUGGGCCAUGCGGUGCCCAAGGAGCCGCUGCUGUUCAUGAAGCCUCCAACAGCCUACAUCACCGAAGGGCAGUCUAUAAUGAUUCCACGGGACUGCGAGGAGCUAGACCAUGAGGUCGAACUGGGUGUGGUAGUAGGGCGCCGAGGCUCUGCCAUCCGCGCGGAAGAGGCACUCGACUACGUGGCGGGAUAUGUGGUCGCACUGGACAUGACUGACCGGCAGCUGCAGAGACAGUGCCAAGCCCAGGGUCACCCAUGGGAGCGUGCCAAGGGCUUCGACACGUCCUGCCCCGUGGGGCAGUUCCUGCCCAAGGAGUCUGUGAGCGACCCGCACGCACUCACCCUCUGGUGCAAGGUUAACGGCCAGCAGCGGCAGAAGGGCAGCACGUCGCACAUGCUGUUCACCAUUCAGCAGCUGCUGGAGGCAGCCAGCGCCCGCUUCACCCUUGAGCCCGGCGACCUUCUUCUCACUGGGACGCCCAGUGGCGUAGGGCCGGUGCACGCUGGCGACGUUGUCGAGGCUGGCAUCGAGGGGCUCGGGCAGGUCCGCUUCCCGGUCGAGCAGCAGAUGCCAAAGCAGUAGCGUUUCUCUAGGAUUGUUGCCUUUCUUGGGCAUUCAGUUGCCCACUGGUGAAAGGACCCGGUGCUCACAAGGUUGCAAAACGGGAAGAAGGAACAUGUCAUUCAAGACCCCUCCUCAUCCUGUGCAAUAAUCAGAUAAGGACACGAAGCAUGGCUCAGAAUAACACAUCACUGAUAAGCAGAUGGCACUGGCCUUUGUUUUAUUCUUCGUGUCGGUGUACUGGUUUGCACCGCACCUAAUCCUUCGUUCAUGAUCAAUCAACUAACCUGCUUCUUGAGAUGCUUCUGCUUCAUCCACUGUGUUCUUUCCGACCUUGUUCUGCAUCCUUGUUAGUGCUGGGUUCUCUCAUCACUAUAGUUCUUGUAGUUAUGAAACGAAAUGGUCUAGUUCAAUCUCCGGUUCUUCUUUCUUGCACAAUGAGCUUGUGACUGGGGCACGACUUUUUCGUCGGAAGCAGCAAGGCAGCCGAAAUGGGCAACUGUACCAUGUGUGCUUACAGUCGGUAGUAGGUGUAUCGAUACCUGAAAAGGCUAGUUCAGGUUAGGCAUUUUUUAAAUUGCUUUCUAAUGCUGCAUACACAUAUCGCGUGCAACUGCGAUCUUUGGCUGUUGACCUCUGACGGGCUUUACACAAGCCUUCUGUUCUAUUCGUUCUUGUUUUGCUUGUCCUAACGUUAUAGAAUAUAGAAAUCUGCAGAUGCACUGCCGUAGAAGGGUGCCAAACAAUGAUAUCAUAAAGGACGAAAUUUCUUUGCUACUUGGGCAUGCACUCACAUUUGAGAGUUUAAUAAAUAGUCGCAGACUGAUCCGAUAAAUUUGGGGUGAAUUUGUCAAAUGCUACAACCUUGUGCCUUUCGUAGGUACAGUACCACACCUUUGCAGCAGUCGGCGCAGUCAAGCUCGUGCGAACAAGCUGCAUGUUGAGUAGCUGGCUGAAAUUUUGAAAUUUUUUGUUGUUUGAACAGAACAGCCAGUUUUUUACUGGUAGAAUUGUAGUGCCAGCAAAAAUAAGUUCGUUUGCACCUGUCUUUUUAUAGUACAGUUUGAAUCUGUCCACAUGUUCUACCCUUCACUUCAAGGCACAACAGGAGCCACAAUAGUGUAAUCUCCACAGACCUGUCGCAUGUCCAGCAAGGCAUUACCAGAUGGCACCGCUGAUGUGAAUGCUGGCAGGAAGUUCUCCAAGCAUACACAUAUUUGUGGCUUCCGUAGGAAAUGCACGUUUCUGGAAAGGUACUGGUAACGACUGCCUUGGACCAUCCAUUGAACUGAUCGUUGUAGGAAUUAAUAGACAUGUUACAUCCUUUGCAUGUUUUCUCGCUCUUUUGUAGGUGUGGGGGUGACUGAUGUUAUCAAUGAAACAAGGUCAUUCCACUUAGGCCCCACAGGUUACAAAAGACUUAUUCUCUGUUCAUUUCUGACUGCUCUUUUCUGUUUUUUUCUUUUUUUUAAGAUUAGCACACAUAUUUGGCAUAUCUAAGGUUCAGUUAGGCUGCUUACUGUUGUGUCUUUCUGCUAGGUACUUUUUUUCGUACUUCCUAGUGGCUCAAUAUGAGGCUGCUUGUUAGUUACAAUGCUGGUCUCUUUAAUUUUGGCAAUUUCUGCCUUAUCCACUUUUCUCUUUCACCUUUUAGACAGUGUGUCAUGGAAUUUGCUCUUCUCCCCAAUUUUGAUUUGAAAACCGUGGUUGAGUAAACAACUGUUAAUUGGAACCGUGUGGAAGUGAAGAGAAAGCAGUUUUUCUUGUGUGCCAGGUGCAAGCACUGAACCUUAAUGGUGAAUACGACUAGUCGAUCAGAGAAAGCCGUAUGAAUCCUAAAGUGAGUGCUCCCUUAUGAGAAUCCUAACUUGGCAGCGAAAAAAUAAACCAUUCCCUUGGGCUCGGCAGAAAAAAAAUAAACCGUUCCACUUGGGCUCAUCGUGGAAGUUGUGAUAGGUAGCCAAUUCAGGAAGUAGUGUCUAGGAGCUGUAUUUUUAGUACAUCACUUUUGGGGAUAGUAUCACUUUCGCAAGAUUUCACGUGACUUGGCGCCACAUGCAUUUACGCCUACUAGUGACAAUGUUGCUUGCACGGUGCCAAUCGUGGUGUCCUGCUGCGACACCAGGGACGCUGUUGCCAAUAAAACACUGACAUGUUUGGCACCAAGUGACACGAACACUUAUGAAAGUGGGAGUAUUUACAAAAGUGAUCAGCUAAGAAUACUGCUCAGGUAUCUGCUGGAUGUAGACCAUCAAGGCACAGUGAUUUUGGUGUCACUACUUCUUUCGCCCGUAACGUUUAAAGUGUAAAUCGAGCACCAGUUCAAAAGAAAAAAAAAAGCCAUUGUGCGACGAAAAAAAAAAAAAUGGAACAUUUAAAAAUACAAGGAAGCAUGCUGAUGUUGACGUGAAGCACUGAUGGUUGUUGCAAUCGUCUCUUUAGCUUGCAAAACUGACGCGAUACGUAGUUCUCCCUCCAUUCUGCUGCAGAACCGCUCCUGUUCUGUACCGACCAAUAGAAUGCACCAUAGUUUUAGCUGUGCUUGUCUGUACACUCGGGCAACAGCCCAUUAUUGGGAAGCUGCCUGCAAAACACAGCAAGGAAGUUUACAAGCUUGUUUGAUGAUGCCAUACUUUGUCGAAUCCAGCAUAAGGAUGCACAUUUUGGCACUUCGUAUGUAUAGGCAUGUUUAAAUCGGUUAGUUGGUCUGUUGCCAAUCAGGUUGUGCGAUUCCCCUCGCCUUGAGAAUAGUAAAUGCAAGUAGAGGGCAGCUGAAAGCGAAGCAUGUAAUACCUACCAUCUUUGAGAGCUUUGUAUUGUUGAUCCAUGCAUUAACCCCUCGAGCGCCAUGCACAGGCGCUGAUUGUCCAGAACAUUCUUUGUCAGAACUGCCAAGGACGAGUCUAGAUUGCCCGUGAGUUAUUCUGCUCAUUUUGAAUGCCGGUGACAAUGUGUUGUUGUCAGCUCCUUCACAACAUUAGAGUGACCUUCUCUCUUUUUUGCCUCUAGAGAGCACUGUUGUAAGAUGAUAGCAAGGAAGCGGUGACUUAUACUAUGUGGUAGUUAGUUUCACUUUAAUUUUUGGCAUUUUUCACGCGUGGUAAAUAAAAGCGGCAUGUCGAUACUAAAUUUACUCCCCAUGGCAUAUAUAUUUGGUACGUGCAGUCAUUCAGCUUUCCACUCUCACUUGCAAUCUAUCUUCCUACUUACAUUUUUUACUAGCACUUAAAGAAAUAAAGGGACUGUGAACUGUUAGCGAAAGUCUGAGAGGGUAGUGCUACAGUGUAGAACCGAGCUGGUUGCAUUUAAUAGCCUAGUCGUUUAGGUGCGCUACCUGUAGUUGUGCUCGACCUCAGUUACAGCCUACUGAAGUCACGCUCACUUACCGGGAAAAGCUAACCAGAUCUUGUAUGUAUGCGGUUAGGUUUUGCCUUUGGCUUGACAUUUGAGUUGCCUCGUGACAAAUCCUUUUCAACUAAACUGUGUUCGUAUUUUUAACGUUAACAGUGAGCAUGUUUGGUAGGCUAACUGCAGUCCAUAUGCCUGUGUAAAUGGGUGAGAGACCUUCCGCGCAGAUGAAAGCUUUCUCGAGUGUCGAGUACCAGUUUUGCCAGACAACUUUAACUUGCGGACCCCACUUCAAUAUUGCAGGGUUCAUGUUCAAUGCCUGUCCGUGAAGUCUUCCAAGUGGUUGCCAACGCGUUCGAGAGAUAGUGUUUGAGUGGAAGUUCUGCACUCAGAAUGUUUGUUGUUAGAAGUCGCAUGGUUUGGCCAUUGGCCACCAUAAGCGGCAGCGGGAUUGAGAGUUGGAACCAUGGUGCAGUUUGAAGAGCAUUUUUUAACUGCAGCACAAGGAACAGAGGCAUUGUUGUGGUCCUUUCCUUCUGUUGCACCUGUUCCUUGUGUUGCCGCAGUUCGAAAAAUGCACUGGCAGUGACGCGAGUCUGAAAUACACCCAGCGCACAUCUGUCCAAGUGCAAGUCUUGUUGGAAGUUGACCACCAUUGUCUGGCCAGUGCGUGAAAUUGAAGUUUGCCAACAUUCCUUUGCUUACCAUACCGGAAUAUUUGCAAUAUUAUUUGGACCCACGACUAUAACAAACAGUACUGGGUUCAAUGGCGCCAAAGCACUGCUGAUAUUCAGUACACAUUUUUAUGUCGCAUUAUAACAGAAUAGUGCAAUGCAGCACUGCAUCUAGUUCUGUCCCGCAGGGGCUUGAAUAUUAUGAAGAUGAAAGCUUCAUGCUGCUGUCCCCUUUAUCCAUGUCCAUGUGAAACACGUGUUCUCACGAGGCAGCCACUGGGCCGCUUUUCAAGAAGCCCUCAUACAGUUAGAAAGAAAGGUUAAAUUCUAGUUAACUCUCAACUUUAAAAUCCUUUAGCUCGAACCCAUAUGCAGGUAUAAAAGUCACGUGAAUUGUUCAUGUUAGCUCUUCGAGCAUCUAACAUUGCUCUACAGCAAUCAGUUACUUCGUGAACAUGACUUUCACAUAAGUCGUCGCGUUGCCAAGGUAGGAAUAAACUGCAAGUCAGCACAUUCAUUUUGUCUACGUUUAAGUCCACUUUCUGGCACGGUUCGCAGAAUUUGUUGUUCAGCUAAACAUUGUAAACAUCAUGUUAAUUUUUUUUCCAAGAUAUUCAUUAACGAUUAUAAAACUUGACUGCCUGCUCUACUCGAGACUGCCUUGCUUGUAAAUCCAACAAAUGUUACACAUCAGCUACACGGGGCACUUUAGAUUGCAAUCGAAAGUGCACUGCGGGAUCUAACUGGUUGAGCAACUACUUAAUAACAGCACUUCUAUGUUUCACGUGUACUUGAAUAAAGGGGCCCUGACCUGCGUGUUCCUCUGGGGAGGAACUAGACACGUGAGCAAAUUAUAAGUCUGCUGAAGGUUCACUAAUGCACUGUAACUGUCGCUUGCACCGUGCCAGCUUUAGUGGAAAGCAGUUAAAAUUAACAAGUUGCGCUGUUUCCUUCAUACUGGUAGGCCAUGUGACAGCACUUUGCUCAUACUUCUAAGAGCGCGAUGCUGUGGUUUGCCAGGAAAAGUUGAAGGGCAGUGUCAUUUGUUUAAGCCAACACAUGACAUAUUGGCAGGGCGAGUGUGUGUUGUUCUGCUGUUCUUCAUUGGCGCCUCUUUGAUGGAGCAGUCAUGCGAGGUGUUAGCAUUUGACCUAAACACAAAAGGGCCCAGCCUCGCAUUCUCCCAGCGGCUGGCUCCCAGUGACACAUGAAGUAGAAACUAAGAGCCCAACUUCUUGCUGGCUCGUGAUACAUAGUAUGGUUGCAGUUUUACGAACCUAACAUAAAGGUUGCAAAACAUGUUGAAUGUUGCUGUUUCUAUUGUGCCGUCAUUGGAUCUCUGCUAACCUGUACUUCCACCCGUUUGCAGCAAGCGUGCCAAUGCCGACCACGUCGUGGUGUUAUGUGGCAGUUUACUAACCCUUAAGUCGACCCGUUUGCAGCAAGCGUGCCAACGCCGACCACGUCAUGGAGUUAUGUGGCAGUUUGCAGUUUACUUUGGUCAGUCAUUGUCUGCUGCUGAGGUGUUUGUGCUGUCAGAAUAGAUUCACUUGUUCCUUGUGCGUUUUCGCUUUUCUAAGUCGCUGCCACUGCCCUGUUUCUAGUAGAUGCUUAAGGAAAGUUGUUCUGUUUCCCUGUAAAAGCCAUUUUCUACUAUUGAACAAAUAAACUCGUUAAUAACAACUG